GUCAGACGGAAAUAGCAUGAUAAUAUUGUCGCUUGAGGUCAAACAAAUUUUAAGUGAGAAAGUUUUGAAGAGACUAAAUUUUAUUUAUUGGUAACAUUUUAGUGAUGCUGUGCAAAAAAAUAAAGCCCUACAUAAAGGUGCUUACACAUUUGCAGAUGUUGAUGAAAUUAUUAAGAAUGGAGACGUAGAAAUGCUGCAACAAAUUCUCAUUACUGACCCAUUUAUCGUUAAAAUGAGAGAUUCCUUCAGAGCUACACUUUUGAUGAGAGCUGCAAGUUACAACAAACCAUCAGUAGCAAAAGCUUUAAUUGAUGCUGGCAGUGAUGUAAAUGCUUCUCGUUAUGAUUUGUGGACUCCAUUCCACAUCAGUGCAUUUCAUGGUCAUCAGGAUGCUUUAAAAGUUCUUAUUAAUCAUGAUGUGACAUGUAUUAACACGGUAAAUCAUCGCAGGAAAACUCCGUUACAUUAUGCAUGCGAUAGUGGUCACGUUGGAUGUGUCCAGCUACUGCUGUCAAUCCCAGGAAUCGAUGUGAAUGUAAAAACAAUGGACAAUGACACGCCAUUACAUGUUGCAUCUCGUAAUGGUUCUUAUCAAUGCGUUAGGUUAUUGUUAUCCACGCCACAUACGGAUUUAAACGCGCGAAGAAGUAGUAGUGAAACUCCAUUACACUUUGCAUCUUCUUACGGGAAUAUUGAAUGUGUUAAGCUGCUGCUGUCUAAGCCAAAUAUUGAUGUGAACAUACGAAGCAUAGUGAACAAAACUGCUUAUCAUGUUGGAAGUACGGAUGGCAUUAAACAAUUAUUAGAGAAACAUAAAAGUAAAUAAUAUAUGUAUUACGAAAUUUAAAUCAGUUUUAAAAAAACUCCGACAGUAGUCUCCAAAAAAGGCCUUUAAGAACACCUUUUUUUGGAUACGACUUAUUCUAAAAUGUCCUAGUGUGGAUUACACUCAGAUUAUGGUAUUGCAAGCUUUCGUUAAAAAAACACUGUCUGUUACACUUACUCUUAAAAUUAGAUUUGAUUAGGCAGAACAGAUGUAGAAAAACAGAAUGUUUUUAAAAGACAAUUUACAGUUUUACACUAAAAAUAAAGUUAAAUUUGUGAUAUAUUAUACUAUGUCUAUAAUUCAAGUACUUAGUUCUAGAACAAAUAUUCACAUUCAAAAUAAAAGUCAUUAUGUUUUCAUAACUUAUUAACAUAUUAACAGAUUUCCAAUCUCUAUUAAAAUAGCCGCAUUCCGUCUGUCUGUCUCUGCGCGGACCCCCGUUGAAUUAGAAAAUGAUGUUGUGGAAACACGAAUAUCAAAUGCGAUAUAUUUUUAUCCACUUUGUU